AUGAAACCCAAGUAUCAAACCCAACGAGAACCACCAGUGUUCAAAGCGGCAGUUAUUUGCAAUGUUAAUCGACUCAAACGGAGGCUCGAGAACGAGCCUGAAAUUUUUGCAAGAUUCAAAACCCUAGAAGAAGAAGUGAAUCAACAACAAUUUGUGAGAGAACAAGUGGAAAUCAUGCUGUCUGAGUUCUAUGAUCUGCCACUUACCCGCAAGGGGUGGAUUGAAGAAUUUAACGUGUUUAUGGGAGGAGAAAGAAUCGCGGGGUCACAAUUGACAAAGAUAUUCAGUACUUUUAAAAAAAGGUGGCAUUCCUUUUUUGAAUCUCGACGAGAGGAAUGCUCUCAAUGCUUUCAUAUCCAAGGGACAAGAAGAGAGGAAAUGACAGUCAAACAAAUGUCAAGUGUUGUGAGGAAGAUUGGUGAUCUUGAUGUUAAAGUGGCAGAAACAAUGGAGAAAGGAAGGGCUGAACUAUACCCCAAAGAGGUGAAAAUGUACUUGAGAAAGAUGGAGAAAAUGGUUAGCGGCAAGCACGCUUAG